UGAAAAGCAGUUGGUCACCGCACAUGUGAAAAUGAACACUCAUUACAAGAAAGGUCGCUCACAAAGCCUGCCUAAUUGGAAUGGCGACCGGGAUGACAAGUUACACUACAGACUGACCAUCAUGGGCGCCGCCGGAGUCGGCAAGAGCUGUAUCAUCUCACAGUUCCUCUACGACCGCUUUAUUAGUGAGUACAAAGAAACUGUGGAGGAAUUCCACCGCGGGGAAUACACCGUGGACGGUCGAGAAUUGAUCCUUGACAUUUUAGACACCGCGGGUGCACAUUCAUUUCCGGCCAUGCGCAGACUGGCCAUCUCAACAAGUGACGCUUUUGUUUUGGUGUAUUCUAUUGACGAUGAGUCCUCGUUUCAAGGAGUGAAAUAUUUGCGAGACAUUAUUUUAGCAGAGCGAAAAGGAGAAAAUGCACCAAUAGUAGUCGUGGGUAAUAAAUCUGACAUUUCUGAAGAAAAGAGAGCCAUUAUGCGCGAAACAGCGGAGUCUAUCGUGUGCUUUGACUGGGGCAACGGUUACAUUGAAGCUUCAGCAAAAGCGAACGUUAACGUUGUUGGAAUUUUCAAAGAAAUUCUUCGACAAGCGCAUGUUGAGUUGAAUAUUACUCAAAAAAUUCCACAGAGAAAGCGCUUUGGUUCUACGUCAUCCGAGGGAUCCGACCUCUCGAGCAGUAAUUCACCAACAAGGAAGAGAAACAGCUGCGUCAUUUCGUAGAAUGAUGAAAUUUAUCUUGCACUUUGUGAAAUGUUGUAUAUGACUGUAUAUAUAUUUCUAUAUUAAAACAUGAAAAUAUAUAUUGUCA